AUGACGCCUUCUGUCUUCCUGGCCAUCUUGUGCUUAGGAGUGGCCGCAGCUGCUCCAUUUCCUGAUUACAGUUUAGAUGCUGACUGGGAAGAUUGGAAUAAGAGCAAUGAGAAUGCAUACAGCCCAGAGGAAGAAAAACAGAAGAGAGAAUUAUGGGAAGAAACUAUGAAAAUGAUCAAACUGCACAAUAGGGUGAAUGAACCGGGGAUAAACAACAUCACUGUAGAAAUGAAUGGAUUUGGUAACAUGACUACUGAAGAAAUGGAGAAAAUGAUGAAUGAUAGUUCAGCUCUGACUCUAAGAAAAGGGAGACGCAUCCAGAAACGUGGAGAUGUCAAAAUCCCCAAAACUUUGGAUUGGAGAAGGGAAGGCUUUGUGGCUCCUGUGAGAAGACAGGGAGCAUGUGGUGCAUGUUGGGCUUUUGCAGUGGCUGGUGCCAUAGAAGGACAGCUGUUCAAGAAAACAGGCAAACUGACCCCGCUGAGUGUACAGAACCUAGUGGACUGCUCCAGAACUUUUGGCACUAAUGGCUGUAAGGGUGGGAAACUUUAUAGUGCCUUCCAAUAUGUGAAGAAUAAUGGCGGUCUGGAGGCUGAGGCAACCUAUCCAUAUGAAGCCACGGUGAGAAAUUGCAGGUACCGUCGUGAAUAUUCUGUUGUUAAGGUCAUCCGCUUUUUGGUUGUCCCAAGGAAUGAGGAAGCCCUAAUGAAUGCUUUAGUAACUAUUGGGCCCAUUGCUGUUGGUAUUGAUGCUGAACAUGAAUCUUUUAAAAAAUAUACAGGAGGUAUAUAUAAUGAACCAAAAUGCAGAAGUAAUUCUCCCAGCCAUUCUGUGCUGUUGGUUGGCUUUGGCUAUGAAGGCCAAGAAUCAGAGGGCAAGAAAUACUGGCUGAUAAAAAACAGCCAUGGUGAACAAUGGGGAGAAAACGGAUACAUGAAGAUUCCCAGAGACCAGAACAACUACUGUGGAAUUGCUUCCUAUGCUAUGUACCCUGUAUUGUGA